CGAGGACGCGCGACAUUAAGGCACUAUGGGGCAGGGCCUGGCGGGGGCGAUGCUUGAAAUAACACCACCGGCGACGCCGGCGACGAGCCUGACUAGGUAGCCGUCUCCCGGCAUCUAGUCUUGCAGCGGGCGAGGAGCGAAGUCGUCGGUGUCUCGGACCGGUGUCCGAACGACUCGGUCUAGCCGCAACAACGCUCUAGCUCUUGUCUCUCCCAUAGACGAGUAGGACAGGUAAUCGCCUCCCCCACCAUGAAGGACUUCAACGGCAAGGUGGCCCUCAUCACUGGAGGUGCCAUGGGUCUCGGACGAGGCAUCGCCGAAGCCCUGCUACAGAAGGGUUGCAAGGUGUCCAUCCUUGACAUCGACGAAGCUAUGGGCAAGCAGACGGCCGCCGACAUGGUGAAGAAGUUUCCCAACUCUAACUGCGUAUUCUACAAAUGUGACGUGAGCAACGAUGCCCAGCUUGAAGAUGGCUUCAAGAAGACCAAGAACCACUAUGGAGUUAUUAAUAUCGUCGUCAACAAUGCCGGUAUCGCUGGUGAAGACAACUGGCGAAAAGUCUUCGCCGUGAACAUUGAAGCUUACUACUCCGGUAUACUCCUCGGGAUGAAAUACAUGGACAAAUCUAAAGGUGGAAAAGGAGGACACAUCGUCAACGUCUCAUCGGUAUCAGGUAUUUACGUGCUUCCGGAGCUGCCUGCGUUCAUCACAUCCCAAGCCUCCAUCGUCACCAUGACCAGAUGCUUCGGAACCGACAUGUACUUCAGCCGCACCGGUGUGAAGGUUCACUGCAUCUGCCCGGACCCCAUCGAUACCAGGCUCUGGGCCCAGCUGUCAGACUACUGUCGAAUGUCAGAGGACACCGUUGAAUACGCCCACGUCUACGACACCCGCAUCCAGCAGCCCGUCGUAGUGGCACUCGCCAUCGUUCAACUCCUGGAGGACGAACGCAACGGCGGCAUCAUGCUGUGCCUGCACAAGAUUGGCAACAAGUACCACGAGUUCCCGGCCCUGCCAAAUCCAUGAACCACCCUCUCUUACAACUUCCAUACGACCACGUUGUUCCUUUUAGUCACCUUUCAGCAAUAAAACUGCCACUUGUCCAUGA